CAAGCAGCUCUGCGCCAUUACAACAGUCAUAGUUCACAUCAUUUGUUGUACUUGUACUAGCUUGAUCAUCAUAGCAAUGGCCUCCACCAACAGCUGGACCCAUGAGAUUGAGUCGUCGGUCGCUGCAUCACGCCUCUUCCGUGCCGGCGUUAUGGACUGGCACACCUUGGCCCCCAAGCUCGCGCCACAGAUCGUCACCAGCGCGCACCCUGUCGAGGGAGAAGGCGGCAUCGGCAGUGUCAGACAGUUCAACUUCACCUCAGCCAUGCCCUUCAACCUCAUGAAGGAGAGGCUCGAGUUCAUUGAUGUGGACAAGUGCGAGUGCAAGUCGAACCUCAUCGAGGGUGGUGGCAUCGGCACAGCGAUCGAGACGGCCACGUCACACAUUAAGGUGGAGCCGGCAGCCAACGGUGGGAGCGUAGUGAAGGUGGAAUCGGCAUACAAGUUGCUGCCAGGCGUGGAGGUCAACGAUGAGAUCACCAAGGCCAAGGACUCCGUGACGGCCAUUUUCAAGGCCGCCGAGGCCUACCUUAUCGCCAACCCGGAUGCCUACAACUAAAUCAGUUGAGAGGGAUUAUAUAUGAUUAUGCUUUCCCUAGUUUGAGUUUUGCAUGCUUUCUUCCUGAUCGAAUAAAGCUUCUCCAACCUCCAAGUAGUGACAGCAAGAGAGCUGACCAUGGUGUGGACUUGAGAAGUUUAAAAUUUUUGUAUUUGUAACAACUAUCAAAGGGUGUUAUUGUUUGA